AUGGCACAGCUUGAAGACAUUGGCGCUGUGGUCUCUCGUCGGGCACAGGAUGCGGCUCAGGCAGGGUCUAAGAACCCAAUGUGGGACGUGAUGAGCAACCUAUGGUGUCCAUUGACAAACCCGGAUGGGUAUGUCAAUGUUGGCGUGGCAGAAAAUGUCCUCAUGCACGAUCAACUCCUGAGCUUCAUUAACACGAAGCUCGACCUACCCCCUAAAUACCUCACGUAUAACGAUGGAGGGUCCGGAUCUUUGAGACUGAAGCGAGCCAUAUCCCACUUUCUCAAUCGACAUCUGCAUCCAGUGAUUCCUCUGGAUCCUAGCCACCUCAUCAUUUCCAACGGUGUCUCCUCUGCAAUUGAGCAUAUCUCGUCGGCAUUUGCAGAUCUUGGCGAAGGAAUCCUCCUAGGGAAGCCGUUUUACGGCACUUUCAUACCAGAUAUGUCGCUGCGACCUGGCACAACUGUGGUUCCUGUCAACUUUGGAAACUGCGACCCGUUCAGCAUUGAGGCCGUGGCGAAGUAUGAGCAAGCUUUGCUGGAUUUUCAGCAGACAAAAGGACGAAAAGUAAAAGCACUGAUGCUUUGCCACCCUCACAACCCUCUUGGACGUUGUUACCCCAGAGAUGUGAUCAUUAAACUGAUGCAUCUUUGUCAGAAGUACAAGCUGCACCUCAUCAGUGAUGAAAUCUAUGCGCUUUCUGUUUGGGAAAAUACAGUCGACAAGCAUCUCCACCCAGUUACGUUUGAAUCGGCUUUAUCAAUUGAUCUGGCCGGUAUUAUUGAUUCCCGGCUUGUUCAUGUACUCUGGGGCAUGAGCAAGGACUUUGGCGCAAAUGGACUUCGACUUGGAGUUAUCAUCUCGCAAGCUAACGACGACCUUCAUCAAGUAUUGAAAGGAGUCUCAAUAUAUUCCUACGCGUCUGGGGUUUCUGAUCACUUAACUUCCCUUCUGCUGGAAGACUUUGAGUUUACCAAUCAGUAUAUCCGGUAUAAUCGGAAGAAGCUGUCGGAGUCUCACGCAUAUGCUGUGGGGUACAUCAGGCGUCACGACAUUGAAUAUGCACAAGGCUGCAACGCUGCAUUCUUCCUUUGGGUAAAUCUUGGGAAGAAGUACCGCCAGCUCUAUCCCGAUGAAAGCAACAGUGAAGACGUUGACGAUAAACUCGCAAAAGAAAGUAUUUCUGGCUAG